GUUUGGCGUUUUGGAACGGAGCACUGUUCCCAAUCGGACAUCCGCAGUCACAUUCACAUUCACAUUCACAGUCACAGUCACAGUCACUAUCAGUAUAUAUCACAGUAAAAUGCUCGCUGCCGACGUCGCCAGUUCGAGCGCCGAUGCUGGUGCUACUGCUGGACCUGGCGCUGGUGCUGGUGCUGCUGGAGGACCUCCGCCACCGCCGCCGCCAAUGAUGCUGCCAGUCAAGUCCGCCGUGACCGCCUUGUCAUCGUCAUUGUCAUUGUCAUCGUCAUCGUCAGCGAGCUCAAGCAAGAAGCCCGGACUGUCGUUGCGCGAUCUCAUUGGCGAGAAGCAGCCCGAGAUGGAGGCCGAGGCCGACCUGAGCGAGGAGCAGCUCAAGCACAGCCAGCUCGACCUGCCCCGCGUCCAGUGCCCGCGCUGCGAGAAGCUCGUCCUCGCCGUCAACAUUGCCGAGCACGCCAACUCGCACUCCUCGGAAGUCGUCCCAGGCCUCUUUCUCGGAGGGAUGCGAAAUGCGCACAACAAAAUCGAGCUGACCAAACGCACCAAUGUGCGGCACAUUGUGAACGUCGCCGAGGAGGUCGAGAACGUCUUUGAAGAUUGUGCGGUCGGAUGCGAGUGCUCGAAUGGCGUCGAGCACAAUCCGCCAAAAGUGCCGCAUGGGGCUCCAGCCGAGGCGCGCCUGUUCAUCUACCAUAGCUUGAAAAUCAAGGAUGCUCUCGGCGAGGAUGCGCUCGGGCUCUUUGAUUCCACCUUCCAGCUCAUCCAUGAUGCGAUCGAGCGCAAAGAGCCUGUUCUCGUUCACUGUGUGGCAGGCAUUUCGCGAUCGGCUUCUGUUUGUAUUGCGUACUUGAUGCGUUCGCGCAAGUGGUCGCUCAAGCUGGCCUUCCAGCACGUCCGAAGCGCUCGGUCCAUCAUCUCCCCGAUCAACUGGUUCAUCCUUCAGCUCCAAACAUACGAGCAACGCCUCGCACAGACCAUGGAGCUAGAAGGUUUCCACGGCCAACCUUCGCUCACUGUCGCGGACGUCUAUCCCGAGGGCACUCGCUUCAUUUCGACGCAUAUCGUUCCUCCCGCGCCAAUACCAUUCUCCAUCCCUGCAGCGGCCAAGCAGCCAGAGAUUGUGUUUGACUCAGAGGCGAAGCGCACCGACUCUUUUUGAUCGUGUUUGUUUGCGAGGCUGUUGUUGUUGUUUUCAGUUGUGUUGCGGUGCUGAUUUGCCUUCCAGACAAGGAAGCAACCAAAUACAUGCGAAUGUCGGGGCUCGUUCUCUUCCCA